CCGGCCCUCAGGGAGAGGUGCCGGGUCUAAGGACCUGGAGACCCUCCAAGCCCAUUCGCCCCAGAGACAUUCCAGGAACCUCCCCUCCAGUCCCAGCUGCGCUCCAGCCUCAGGUGCCGCCCGCCAGCUUCCGCCCUCGACAGCGGGCGUGGGAGCCGCCGUGGGUCGGGCGCGGCCUCUUUCCCUAGCUCCCGCCCCCGGCACGUCUCCAGCGGGCUCAGAGCUCGGCGAGGCGCUGGGACGGCCGGGGCUCUGCUUGCCAUGGCCCCGGGCCUGCGUAGCCUCCCGCGGCGCGGCCUCUGGCUACUGCUGGCUCACCAUGUCUUCAUGGUCACUGCCUGCCGGGAUCCUGACUACGGCAUUCUCAUCCAGGAGCUGUGCUUCACCCGCUUCAAGGAGAACAUGGAGGCCAUCGGGAAGACUCUGUGGUGUGACUGGGGAAAGACCAUAGGGAGCUAUGGGGAGCUCACUUACUGCACCAAGCAUGUGGCAGACAAGAUUGGCUGUUUCUGGCCCAAUCCAGAAGUGGACAAAUUCUUCAUCACUGUCCACCAUCACUACUUCAGCAAAUGCCCCAUCUCUGGCAGAGCGCUGCGGGACCCUCCCAACAGCAUCCUCUGCCCUUUCAUCAUGCUCCCCAUCACCGUCACGCUGCUCAUGACUGUACUGGUGGUCUGGAGGAGCAAGCGCACAGAGGGCAUUGUAUAGGUAUCCUGGGCAAUGGGGAGUUGGGGUAUCCUGGGCCUGGCCUAGCAACAGCAUCAGGGGCUGAUAGCAAGGCAGGCCCCACAUUGCAUCCAGCUCUAAUCUAGUUAGCACAGGACUUCAAGUGGCUCUGCAUUAAGCUGAACAUGGCUCUAGCUGGAGGCGUCUAGCAAGGGAGCGGGGCAUGCUUCUACUUACCUCUGCAAGAAUUCUAAAUGCCAGAUCUCUGGUAUACUCCUCACUAUUGUGGACUUUCUGACCUCCAAGCAAGACUGCAUAGAUGUGUUUGUGGAUGCAUAGUUUGUGAUUAAAAGAGUAUUCUUAAACUUG